AUGGCUGUUCUCCGCCCAUUCUGCUCGUUCUCCGCCGACACCGGGUCGAAUCUCCAAAAGAGUGUUGCUCGGGCCAAGUUUGGUAUGGACUCAGCGAUGGCGCAAGGCCCUGCUGCCAACAGGAUGCCGCCUCCACCCACAGCGCCGAAGCCUCCAGCGCAGCGCCCAGCCUGCUCUGGCCGGAAGCUACGGGAGGUAACCUGUGUGACCUUCGAAACAGGCCAAGGCCCUACCUUGGAGGACCUUAGCUGGAAUCACAAGCGACGGCAACAAGCCAGGGAGAGGUUGCACGGACCUGCUUUGGCCUUUUCAAGACAGUCCUCAGAAGACUCCAACUUCAUGGCGGACUUGGAGUUCCUCUUCGCAGGAGCUGGUGGGUCCAGUUCAUCAGACUGA